CACAAAAAUUAAAAAAAGAAUAUUAAUUUUAUUUGAGGGCAUCACUGUAUAGGGAGAGAGAGAGAGAGAGAGAGAGAGAGAGAGAGAGAGAGCAGAGCAGUGCACAGCUCCGAAAUAGGAGGGGCCGAAAAUUUGUAUGUGUUCGUUGGAUGUCGUAGAUCUGGAUAAUGACAAAUGUAUCAUCCAAAAAUUCAAAAUGUUCCUAGUUCAACUUUAAUUGGAAGCAAUUCAUUAGUUCAUGGUCAGCACAUAGAUUGUGGUGACAGCACAAUGGAUCCUGGCAAUGGUGGAAACAGUCUUAGCAACAACUCUAAUCUCACUUCAAAACAACGUUUGCGGUGGACACAUGAACUACAUGAACGCUUUGUCGAUGCUGUGGCUCAACUUGGUGGGCCUGAUCGUGCCACACCCAAAGGUGUCCUCAGAGUUAUGGGUGUACAAGGCUUAACCAUUUAUCAUGUCAAAAGUCACUUACAGAAAUACCGACUAGCAAAAUAUCUGCCUGACUCCUCUUCUGAUGAAGGAAAAAAAGCUGAUAAGAAAGAAACAGGGGAUAUGCUUUCCAAUCUAGAUGGUUCAUCUGGGAUGCAGAUUACAGAAGCACUAAAGCUUCAAAUGGAGGUCCAGAAGCGACUACAUGAACAAUUGGAGGUGCAGAGGCAGCUACAAUUAAGGAUAGAAGCCCAGGGUAAAUACUUGAAAAAGAUAAUUGAAGAGCAACAGCGGCUCAGCGGGGUUUUUUCAGAGGCACCUGCAGAUGUGUGCCGAGAGCCUGAUAACAAGACUGACCCUGCAACCCCAGACCCAGAAAAAGCUGCCAAACAACAUGCUCCGGCGAAGAGUCUUUCAAUUGAAUCUUUUUCAUCUCACCAUGAACCAAUGACACCAGAUUCCGCUUGCCAUGUCGGUUCCCCUGCUGACAGCCCGAAAGAGGAGAGAUCAGCGAAGAAGCAACGAGUAAGCAUGGAUGGAGCAUAUUCUAAACCAGACAUUGUGCUUCCACAUCAGAUACUCGAGUCAAGCAUGCCAUCAUACCAGCAACCAACCACUGUUUUCCUUACUCAAGAGCACUUUGAUUCUUCUUUGGGUAUAUCUACCAGAAGUGAGGAAUUGGAGAAGAUUGGUGGUAGCAAUCUGUGAUUUGGUGUGAUGUGUAGGUUAUGCACUAGGACUGAUUCUAUCUUCCUUUUAGUUUGUGCUAUAUGUAUUUCUUAGUAGAUGAAGGAACCUGCUCUUCAUAGAUUAUUCCCAAGGUUUUUAGUUUUCAGUUCAAUACUUGACUUAAACAUUGAGCUUCUUAUUACUUUUAGAGAACUUAUUUUAAUUGGGUUAAUAGAAAGCAUCUUUUCAUC